GGAACGACAAGCACAAGGGCAUCCUGGCAGCCGCUGCAGGUUAACCAUAGAAACGAAAAGAAGCAAAGAUGGAGGCCCCCGAAAAAGGAGUGCCGUUGUCAACCAAACUAUCCAAGCACGGUCAAAAUGGGGUCAUACAGCCUUUACUCACCGAUUUAUACCAAAUCACAAUGGCAUACGCCUACUGGAAAAGCCAGAAAUAUGAAGACACGGCGGUGUUCGACCUUUUCUUCAGAAGAAAUCCUUUCCGAGGAGAAUUCACGAUAUUUGCUGGGUUAGAGGAAUGUAUCAAGUUUCUGGAACAUUUCCAUUAUACAACAGAUGACAUCGAGUACCUGAGGACGAUUCUACCUCCCACCACCGAAGAAGAAUUCUUUGAAUUCCUGCACAACCUUACAGCGAAGGAUGUCAUAGUCUACGCCGUGGAUGAGGGGUCGGUGGUGUUUCCCAGAGUUCCCAUUAUACGCCUGGAGGGUCCUCUUCCUGUUGUACAGCUUCUCGAGACCACGUUGCUCAAUUUAGUUAAUUAUGCUAGUCUAGUUGCCACAAAUGCCGCCAGGUUUCGCCUAGCCGCAGGACAAGACAAGCAGCUGUUGGAGUUCGGCUUACGCAGAGCACAAGGUCCUGAUGGAGGAUUAUCCGCCUCAAGAUACUGCUAUAUUGGAGGAUUUGAUGGCACAAGCAACGUCCUGGCGGGAAAGCUCUUCGACAUACCCGUGAAGGGAACACAUGCUCAUGCAUUUGUUACCUCCUACGAGAAGCUGGAUGACGUCCAUGAGAGAACUAUGACAGCAAAGGAUGGCUCAAAAACGGUAGAUUUCGUCAGUCUGUGUGAGCAGAAAUUGGAGGAGCUAUCCAAAGUAUUAGGUUUCCCCAUAGACCAGGUUCACAUGGGUGAGUUGGCUGCCUUUGUGUCCUACGCCCGCGCCUUCCCCACUGGCUUCCUGGCCCUCCUGGAUACCUAUGAUGUCAUGAAAUCUGGCGUCCAUAACUUCUGUGCAGUCUGUCUAGCCCUCCAUGACCUUGGUUAUCGUCCAGUGGGGGUCAGACUGGACAGUGGCGACCUGGCCUACUUGUCCCUGCUACUGAGGGAGAGAUUUAAGAAGGUGGCAGAAAAGUUCAACUUGGACUGGUUUGGCAAGUUGACGAUAGUUGCCAGCAAUGACAUCGAUGAGGACACCAUUCACUCACUAAAUCAACAGGGUCACUCCAUAGAUGCGUAUGGGAUAGGAACACAUUUAGUUACUUGUAAGAAACAGCCAGCUUUGGGCUGUGUGUAUAAGCUUGUAGAGAUAAACGGCCUUGCAAGGAUAAAACUAAGUCAAGACGUGGAGAAGGUGACGACACCAGGAAAAAAGGUCGCAUACAGAUUAUUUGGAAGUGAUGGUAAUGCUCUGCUAGACUUAAUGACCCAGUCAGAGGAGGAGCCGCCCAAGGUCAAGGAGAGAGUCCUUUGCAGACACCCUUUUGUAGAGUCCAAAAGAGCCUAUGUUAUACCUGCCUAUGUGGAAUGUCUGCACAAAUUAUAUUGGAAAGAUGGACAGGUGCAACAGCCAUUACCCAAAAUGAAAGAAAUAAAAGAGAGAGCCUUGGCGUCAUUGAAUAAACUAAGACCGGACCAUAAAAGGGCAUUGAAUCCCACCCCAUAUAAGGUAUCUGUGUCAGAUCAACUUUACAACUUCAUGCAUGAUUUGUGGUUGGACAAUGCACCAAUAGGAGAGCUUUCCUAAGUCAUGUGACAUUUGUCAGCCAAUAGGAAUUUUUCUCCGAGUCAUAAGCAUAUUGUACAUUGUCACUAGUCAUGUUAUAUUAGAUAACCAAAGAAGGUGACAUCUGGCAACCAAUAGGCGGAAAUAAUUUUGUCAUGUGACAUACGACAGCCAAUAGGAGAAAACCAUUAUGUCAUGUGACCUGGGAACCACAAGGAGCAAGUGUCUUUUCACAGCUGAGUCAAGAUUACUGCCAGAAAUCAAUUUCCAGCUGAAGGCCUACAAUUUGAGGGAUGUUUGCAAUAUUGGAAAGACCCAGCCAGUGGUAGGA